CCCUCUAUGACAUGGGAGUUUAAAGGAAGGAACUAUCCCCGCCCGCUCUCUUCCGGCGGAGGGAUUCCGUCGCUUUCAUCCAUCCGUUCGCUGGCGGAAGGAUAUGACGCUGUGGGCGGAGUUGCGUGUCGUGCGCAGAGAGGAAGGAGAUCCGGCAGAGACAGCUAGGGAGAGAAGGAGUCUGAGGGGCAGCAGCUGAGACGAAGCGAGGAAAAAAGGGACUUUGCUGCCGCCCCCGUGAGGGGGAUGCAACGCGACCAAGGCAGCUGCUUUACUUCCGCGCCUUCAGGCCGCCGCCGCCCCCCCAUCCUUACCGCUCGGCUCCAGCCAGUCAGCUGGGGGGCGAGCGCCAGACGAGCGGAGGGAGCCGGCCUCGCUGCCCGUCAGGCGUAGAGGCUCGCGGGACGCCCCGCCGAGCGCCCGGAGAGGGGGCGACACCGGCAGCGGCGACUCGAAACUACCCUCAACACCGGCGCUCUUAAAGGUACAGGCCGGGGGUGUGGUGGUGGGGGACAGCGAGAAGAGGGGACACUUUUCCGCCGGAGGACAAGAAACACCUCAAACCUUCAGCUCCUGUCAAUGGAUUUAAAGGGAACUCGGCCUUCUUAAAGGGGAAGUUUGUCUUCGGGCCUCAUUGUGACUUAACAGGGAGGGCCGGCUCUUAAAGGGGCCGCCGGAGGACUUUGGACGCUGGAUGCCCAAAGGGGAGCGCGAGCUGAGUCGAGGAAGCGCUUUGGAGGCCCUGAAAUGCCGAUGGUGGAAACAAAAAAAGUGGCUGUCUGACGAGGAGGACUUUAAAAAUAAUAAUUUAAAAAAUAAUAAUAAUCAAGGUGCUUAAAGGCGAGGCCAUUCUUCGACAGGAAACGUGUGGCGGACUGUUAAUCGGACGUUCUUAAAGGGGAUGGAAUGAAAGGAAGCAGAUUCUCAAGUCUGGACUUUUAAAGGGCAAGGUCAUACCUUUUAGGAGGAGCCCGGGAGAACUUAAUAAAAAUUUAAAAAAGAACCCCGUAAGAUUUUCAAAAGGCAACGUUUCUUCGAAAGGAAAUGCCGCCAGGGGAAUAAUUCUGGGAGUCCUCCGUCCCCAAAGCGAAGGGGAAGCUAAUGCUCUCUGAGAAGGAAGCCAUUUGCCAUUGUUGGCAGAAAAGCCGCAUCUGCAGUCUUAAAGGGGAGGCUCUUGAAGCGCUUAUUAGCCCUCUCUGGGUAAAUUAAAAAGCCUCCUUCCAGGCAGAAGCCCUAAGGCUAGGUGAUGCUCUUUAGAAACAUAAACACUAUAUCUCUUUAAAUAAAUCCAGGCACUUAAAUCAGAAGCUUCAAAGGAAGAAGCAACAAACUGGCCAGUACCACAAGUUGAUUCAGUAGAUCCCAUCUCUCUAUGACUGAUCCAAGAUCAGAGGGAUGUAAAAUUCUGAUUAAAGCAAGGUGGUUGGUGUUUUUUUUUGGUGGUGGUUUUUUUUUUUUUUUGAUGUUUGAUUUUUUUCUUCUUCUUCUCUUGGAUACAAAGGUGAAGCUGUACCUUAAAAGAGAGCUCUGUUUCCUGACGCAGGCUAAUUUCCUAUUAAAGGGUUAUUAGAUCGGUUUGAUCUUAGAAUUUUCUUUCAAAAGUAUUUAAUUAUUUUUUUUGACUGAUUAGUCUGGCCUUGAGGAGGAAGUCAAAAAAGCAGAAGUUGCCAUUUGUAUUUUCCUUAAGAGAGAAUUAAACCUGAGCAAAAGAGUUACUUCCUUGACUUUCCAGAGCAAAAAGAAACUUUUUGGAUUUUGAUUGGGUUUUUUUACAUGUAAAUCAAGAAAAGUUGCUAACAGUUCAGCUGUAGAAGCCAAGGACUUCUUGUAAAGGAAUACAAAAAAAUAUUUUUUCUCUCUCUCUCUAUAAAGCAAUAUAAAAGAGAACUUCUUUUCACAAGCGUGGUGCUUUUCUCCUUGGCUUCCAUGGAAGAGCAGAAAGCUAACAGGGACAGCUGCAAUGCUUCUGGCUGGUGAGGGGUGAAAGGUGUCUUCCUUCUUUUUCACGUGCCUGCAACAGCCAUUAGACACAACACAUUUAUUUUCUGUACCUCAGAGGGGAGCAUAAUGGAAGGAACAACAGCAGCUCCUACCCCAUGUUGGAGUGGGGGAGGAGGCAGCAGUAGCCGAGCACGGAUACAGCGACGUUGCUCACGGCGGGACCGUGAGAGUCGCUGUGCACGCCGUAGAGGAAGCCGUCUUGGAGACCCUCCCCAUCGGGGCUUGUCCCCUUCCUCAUCUUCAGCCUCAGACAGUGAAGGCCCCUCUCCACUUGCCCCUAUGGCUCCUAGCAAAGGACGCCCCCUACAGCGGCGACGGCGACGGCCCCUCCGACGGCGGAAGAGAGUUUCCGGAUCAUCUUGCAGUCGUGAGGAGGAAGAAGAAGAGGAGGAAGAAGAGGACCUCAUUGAUGGCUUUGCCAUUGCGAGCUUUGUCAGUUUAGAGGCACUUGAGAAGAUGAAGAGAAGAGAUGAAAAGAAAACAUGGACAUUUAUGCAGCUGCGAUAUCACAGCUUUUAUUCAGAGGGUAGAAUGUCUGCAGCCAUUAUAAUGCCCACCUUGUCACUCCUGCAGAAGGAUGCAACCUUGAAGACUCCAGAGCGAUUGGAGCUUCGGCUGAAACAUUCGGGAAAGAGGAAACGGGGUGAGGGAAACAAUUCUGAGCCUGAAGAUGAAGACGAAGGCUCAGAAAAAGAUCGUAGCCAGGGCUGUAGAGGGGAGAGAGCACUGAGGAAACGAAGCAAGAGACGGCACAAACAGCCUUCUCUCCAAUCUUACCUGGAAACUGGAUAUAUAUGUGAUGCAGAAAGCGACCCAGAGGAGCAGGCCUCCAUUGAUGACCUCGAACAGUCAUUCACUGUCUCAACCAGCAAAGCCUCGGGACCCAUUGGUGCAUUAAAUGGGAGCUGUGAAGCCAAACUCUCUGUGAUCUCUAAAGUCUCUGGCCUGGAACGGAGCCAGGAGCGUAACUAUGAGGCUGACCGGGACUCUCUGCUAGUGCCUUUCCUGCCUAAGGAACCCCCUUCUCAGGCAGCUACUGCCCCUAUUUUGGCUCAGGCCUUGCCUCCAAGUCCUCCUGCCCCACCUCCUGUCAAGACUCGGGCUCAGACACCUAAUACUGUUCGUGGGACGCCCCAGCCCAAAGGCCAGCUUCCUCCCAUGCCUCAGAGUGGAGCAGUUACCCACAGCCUUGCCCAGAGCCAACUGCACAUGAAGGUGCCACCCUUUGCCAGCCAGACACAGGCACCAUACACUGUAGGGCUCGACCUCAGCACUGGAGGGUGCAGCCGCGGUGCAGCUCACCCCAAGCCCAUCCUCCCACCCUGCUCCCCCUCUUCUUCUCAGCUCCCUCACCGGCCUUCCACCCCCUCACUGGCCCUGCCUCCCCACGCCUUUCCCUCCACCCUUCGCCCCCCUUCCCACCACCACCCAGGCAUGUUCACUCCCUCGCCUGGCCUCCCACCGCCACCCCCGUUGCUUCAAGUUGCUGGGCACCCAGCUGCAGCCGCUGCCAUAUCUGAACAAGAAUUAAUCCGCCAGGACUUGAGUUCUCGAUUCCUCACGACGCAAGGCGGGGCCGACAUGGGAGCUGCUGCCAUUCGCCCUCUGGCUUUCCAGUUCCACCAACACAACCACCAGCACCAGCACACCCACCAGCACACCCACCAGCACUUCACUCCUUUUCCGUCAAGCAUGGUGCCCGCACCCAGCCCAGCCAUGUAUGAGAAGUACCCUGGGAAAAUGGAUGGGCUUCUGAGACAUAAUUUUUAUCCUGCCUACCCCCCAACCGUGUCGGGGAUUUCCCCAGUCCUGCCUCCUGCUGUGAAUUUUGGCUCCCUGCAGGGGGCAUUCCAACCUAAGAGCACUAAUCCUGACCUGCCUUCCCGGCUGGGUGCUGUCCCACCCAGCAUGUCCCAGAAAGGCACCCAGAUCACCGAUCAUUUCAGGCCGACCUUGAGAAAGCCGGGGAAGUGGUGCGCCAUGCACGUCCGUGUGGCAUAUAUGAUCCUGCGGCACCAGGAGAAAAUAAAGCUGAUGCAGGGCGAUCCCCAUAAAUUGGAUUUCCGGAAUGACCUCCUCACUGGUUUGCCUGAGACUGGAGUCUUUGGCAGUCUGCCCCAUGGCCAGGAGCUGGCACGACCUGCCACCCUUUUCACAGCCGCUGGUGUCGUCCAUCCAGGCAAUGCCCCCUCCUUUGGCCCUGCCGCUACUCCUCAUGGCUCUUUCCUCAACCCCAGCCCCCACAUUGAUCCCUUUGGCAGGCCUCCUAGCUUUGCCUCUCUGGGCGCCCUCUCCAACGGGGCAUUUGGUGGCCUUGGCAAUCCAUCCUUCAACUCAAGUGCAAUCUUUGGGCAGAAGGACAGUCCUGGAGCUCCUGCCUUCCCUAGUCCACAUGAGGCAUGGAAUCGCUUACACCGUACACCUCCUUCCUUCCCUGCUGCCCCAGCCUGGCCCAAAGGUGGUAGCAGUGACGGAACAGAGCGUGGAAGCAGCCAGCUUGACAAGGAGAGUGAGAAGUCUGAAGGGCCAGUGAUCAAGGAUGAGAAGGACAGAGAUUCUGGCUUCUUCUCCCGCCAUUCACUACGCUCCUCUCCAGCUACUCCCACCUCAAAGAAUCCAUCGCUGAUCCACGAGGAGCCUCCAAGUCGACCCCAUGUACAAGCAGAACGAGAACAUCGCUAUGGCAGCCCAGCAAGUUCAGGCCAUGCCUCCCGCUCCCCUUACCCAGAGUUGCCUCUCAAGAAAGAAGUAAAGAUCAAGGAAGAGCCAGAGUUGUCUGGCUUUGAGGGAGCUCUACGCACGGGUGCUUCUUAUCACAGCACCAUGCAUGUCUCCCACCCCCUGGGGACCCUGGCUGUGUUUGAGAGACCCCAAGCUGGGACUGGAGGAAGCGUCUCUCCCUACUUGGUGGCCACUCCACCCUCAGCUGCCUCCUAUGCUGCGCUUGAGGCAUGGCGAGAGCCCUACCACCGGGGCCUGGAGUUGCACCCACUGCAGCGCCUGCCCCGCUACCUGGAGACUCCAUCACCUGCUGCUGCUGCUGCUGCUGCUGAGGACUACGAAAGAGCCCGGUUGUAUGGUUUGGCUCCCCCGCCGCACCCCAGCCUCAUGGCUUAUCCCCGCCAUCAAAACGGACUGCUGGCAAAAGCCACACCGUCGGCAGCUGUGGGACUGCUGAGCGCCCCACCACCUCUCAUCCCAGCUUCCAACACUCGGCCCUGCUCCCCUCGACGAGCCCCCGAUAUACGAGAACUGGCGGCCUCCUACAAGGACCGGGACUCCAGAUAAUGGUGCUCUGGUGGCGCUCUGGAAUGUGAACACCUCUAUCAAGCAACCACCCUGAUCUCCAGGAACUGAUGGGACAGGAUCAGGGGAGUCUAGGAGGCCCGUCCAAAUUAGUGGGGAGAGGGAGGUGGCUUUUUGGUCAGUAGAGCCCGAGUUAGGGAUAUGCUGCUGUCAUCACCCGGAAGGACUUUGACAUUGGAGUUGAAUAACGGGGUUCAUUUGGGGGAAGAGGUCAGGAAGGCAGGUGCCUGUUGUUGUUCCUGAUUUCUGCAAAGGCCUCCUCUUCCAGCCUUUGAAGAUGUCAGGAUUUCUGUUCUCCUUCCAGCAUUCCUGCUGUGCUAAAAACAGGCUCAGUGCGUUCUUUAUCCUCAGUGGACUGAUGGGAAGGCUGCUUUCAGAAGAAGUGGGAGGGCACCUCCCUCUUGAGGCAGUGUAAAUAUUUAUAUAUUCUUCCCUAGGCAGAUAGGGGAAAGGUUUUUGUACAUUUAUAAAAGGUUUGAGAUUGUGAUUUAAAAAGUGACUUCUCUUCUUCCUCCACACUCCUGCCCUUUUGUUCCCCCUUGUUUUUACUGUACUGCUCUUUUUUAUACCUGUAUUCAGUCACUCCUGGUCCCUUUCCUUCUCCUGUAAUUAAUGGGAUGGUGCAACACACUUGUCCAGUGCCCUUUUCUUCCCCAGGCUGGUUAAUUAAACUCCAAACUGGUACUUCUUGA